CUACACAUAACAAGAGAAAGAAGGCGUAUGCAACAGGUUGACAGCUUCAGCUUUGAUUGUCAACUCUCACAUGAGAACUUUACCUUGCUGAUCUACUUUACGGCAAGGUUGAUUUUACCAAACUUGCAUUGACUGUAAAGAUCUUAUUACUUGAAUCAUGGAUCUAGUAGGGAAGUCUCUGGUGAAAAACCAAGUGUCCAGCCUCACCAAGACAAUCGGUUUGUCUGGAGAAGACAAAGAAGAUGCUCCUUAUGACUACAAGAAGGAACAAGAAGAUGAGGACAAGAUGGCCAGAGACAAAGCGAAGCGGGACGAAGCCCAGCUCAAGAAGAAAGCAGAACGAGCGAAGGAGCGCAACAAGAUGAGAGAGAAAUACGGCCUGAAGGAGUCCAAGACGGACCAGGACCUCUUGGAGAGCCGAAGUCAGGCCGAGGAAUCGACGCCUAACAUGUCCAGCAAAGCCAAGGGGAAGGAUGACUCCAGUUGCCUGGUUAUGUGAUGAAGGGUAACCAUCACAACGCUACGUGACAAAGCUGCCUUUAAGCUCUCGGGGAAGGAGGCGAUAUACAAACAGGUACAGUGAGUGUAAAGUAAUUUGAACAUCGAUCAUGCUGGCAUGUGAGGUAUCGGGUUCUGUAACCCUCCUACUGUCUGAACAUUCAGGUCGUAUGGUUUUGAAGGAUAGACACACUACUCCAGUAUGCUAUUUGGCAUCAAGCAUCUGAGUACAGUACACAAGCAUCCCCCUGUGUAUUGUUGCUCUGCCAUACAAAAGCCAUGCAGUUGAGUGGUUUUGAAUGGUCGGUCAACUCGUUCGCUGGCAAAGAGAGUAGGAGGGUUUUGUCUUGAAUUCAACUUUUUUAUAUUUUAAAAUUUAAGGGAUUGGAUAUUUAUUUGAUCAUGUUAGUUGUCAAUUAUAUUGUACAAUUUUAAUUGUUUGCAGAGAAGAAGGCAAGUAAAUAUUGGAUACAUUAUAGCAUGAUGUGUGAUUGCUUGGAUUACAAAGAAUGUGUUGGCACAUCAGGGAAGCUUACUUGCGUUUUUCUUACCGCACCUCUAAAAUGUUUACAAUUUUUGAGGUGCAUUUCUAAGACUGACUGUACAUUUAUGUACUGCUAGUAAUGUUUAGCAAAUGGCCAGAGAACUGAGUUGAUCAGGUUUCUUGUAUCAUUUGACAAAAUUUGAUUUAUUCAAAAAAUUUGAGCGAAAGGAUUUGCAUGGUUUCUUUUCUUCUUAAGAGUCAAAAGCUCAUGAAGUAUUGAGGUCUGUAAACGCUGUAAGUAUGACUUUAGAUUUUUGGCUGUGAUGUAAAGUUAUUGAACACACCUGUGUAAACAGAUUUUGACAUGGGGUAAGAAAUAGCAUAAACCAUUCUUUAACUGAUCUUACGAUCGGCACUUUGAAGGAUUUUUGUAAGUAUUGACAAUUGUUUUUUUUACAAAUCAAUGUCUUCCAGUUUCAAGAUGAUUUUGUACCUAGUUAGGUAAACUGAACUGAAUGGCGAUAACAACCAUGUACAAUUAUUUUAAACAUGUUUGACAUUUUGCUUUUUGACGUGUAUUUUUGCUGGAGUUUGGGGAUGGUCAGUCUGUGAGGCUUUUAAAAUGUUAUAUUCGAAUGGUUCACUGUCGCAGGGCUGAUGUUUGUAAAUUGUGUGUAAUAACUCAUUCAUCUAACUCGGCAAACUCACACUUUUUUUGUGUGUAAAUCUUGGUUUGUUGAGGCUAGAGAUAAAGUUUUCAUGAGGUUUUUCCCAUGCCUUUUAUGCAUUUGACCCAGGUUCACAUCCCUCUCAAGACCAAAUGUAAGUGUAUUUUAGUGGUUGUCCGUUCCCGUUCCUAACCAUGUACAUGCAGGUUUGGCUGAAUUUUCUGUAAAUCUGCAGAAACUGAUUUGUUUCAACUAUAUUAAGGUAUUAAUUUUUAUUUUUACCCAUACACCGAUAUGUGGGAUAGCACGCACUGAAUAUUCAGUACU